CUCUGGUCCUGUCAGCUCCUCCAACUUCCGAGCCAUGGCUCCCACGGCGCCGCCCUGGGCUAGGGGCCUGUGGAGGGCCUGCAACGCGCUCAUGGCCGCCUUCUUCGGCCUGGCAGCGGUGGUGCAGGUGAAUGAUCCAGACGCAGAGCUGUGGGUGGUGGUGUAUAUGAUCCCUGCAGUCCUGACUCUGCUUGUGGGAUUUAAUCCCCUCAUCACAGGAUAUACAUUUUUAGGUAACUUUGUUUGGAAAAGCCUGUCUGCAAUGCACAUGCUGUUUUGCAUGGUGUGGGCUGUCCGCUUGGCGCACUACUUCCUGCUUCAUGCCCAGCAGAACAUCUUACAUGAAGAAGAAGGCAGGGAGCUCUCUGGCCUGGUGAUCAUCACUGCAUGGAUGGCACUGUGCCACAGCUCAGCAAAGAUGAAUUCUAAACCAUCCACUUAUGAACAAGUCACUCUACUAUCAUCAUACACACAAAAUAAAAGAAGAGUAGCUCCACAGUAUUCUGAAGUGUUUGGAUUUUCCCAGUUGUCUUACAGAUGAUCAUCUUUCUGUGCCUUUUAAAAAAUAAAUUAAUGGUUAGAUAUAGAGGCUUGACCAGAUUCUGAAAUUAUUAUUAAACAUUAUUCCAUGUUAAAGAAUGGUGUUGUGUCUCUAUCGUGAUAUCCAUAACACCUCAUUGUUUCUCUGUGAUAUUAACAGUCUUUGAUAAACAUCAUUGCCUAAACCCAUUAAUUCACUUGGAUUGCAAAGUGGUGAUAUUAAAUCGUUUUUUAUUUAUUGGCUAGAAAAUACCUAUAAAGAGACAAUUCCACUUAAAAACUCAGUUGUCUAAGUUACAGAUCAUCAGAAAUAAAGAAAAGGAAUAGGAGUUGGUUCUGCUUACUACCUUGCACAAUAAAUCUUGCAUAGGUAUUCUCCAAAGGUGUCUAAUAAGUUUUAUUAUUUGUUUUAAUAAAGUCACAGGUUUAAAUAUAUUUGAUGUGCUUUAGUCUAUACAGUUAUCAUCUUUAAUGUUCAGAGAGCCUGUCGUUGAUUGGUGGCACUUAUUCAGGUUGGCUCCUCAAGUCUUCUAUAUGACCUUAGUCAUCUUUGAUAGCUUCCUUGCUUCGGGGUCUUGCUGUAACCCAGGCUCAUGUCUUAUGCCUCAGAUCUGGAAUCAACCAUUUUCCCAAUGUGUGAAGUUGUAUGUGUCAUAAGUAUGAAUACAUUUCAAAAGUAUAUGUGCACAUGUAUACAUGCAUAUAAAGAUAAAAUGUGAACUCAUACUGAUUCUAGCUGGAUCUAGUCAGGAAUAUGGUUUUUGCUUAAUCUUACCAGAGAUGUUACAUCUAUAUCUUAUUUUAUAUAUGCUAGUGUCUGUGAUCUCAAAAUAGCUCAGGAAAUUUAAUCCUACAUUACAAAAUAACUUAAAAAGUUUUUUGAGACAGGAUCUCACUAUAUA